AAUGCCGGCUAUUUCAAACCAUCCCUUUUUAAUUAUUACUUUUUAUAAUAAUUCCUUAAUUUCUCUCUUCUCCUUUUUUCUUUUCAAUUUUUAUAUAUGAUUAAUUCCUAUAUAAUAAUUACUUUCUAAUUUAUACGUCAUUUUUUUCCUAGAUAGUAUCUACUUGUUUCUCAAUAUAUACAUCAAACAUAUACAUAUAUAUAUAUAUAAUAUUUAAUAGAAGGAAGGGGGCACGUGUGUUCCGGAUUGUUUGGGGUGAAGGAAAAACAUGGGUAGGUUAGGUAUAGUAGUGGGCGUGAAGAUCAUCAUAAUUUAUUUUCAUCUUCUUCAACGAGAAGCAAUUGCGGCGGAAGCGAUUGUGAAUGAAUUAUUAUUCCAUGGAAGGUGGGUUUAUGAUGAUUCUAAUAAUUACCCUCUUUACAACUCAUCCGAUUGUCCUUUUCUACAAGAUGAGUUCAAUUGUAUCGCCAAUGGUAGACCAGACAACUUCUAUCUCCAUUAUUCUUGGCAACCCUUUUCCUGCAAUUUGCCCAGGUUUGAUGGAGAAGAUUUGUUAAAGAGAUUAAAGGGGAAACGGAUGAUGUUUGUGGGAGAUUCUCUGAGUUUGAACCAGUGGCAGUCAUUAACAUGCAUGCUUCACAAAGCAGUGCCGCAUGCUAAAUAUAGCUUAAACAGACAAGGUUCACUUUCUACUUUCACUUUCCCUGAAUACAAUGUUUCAUUGCUGUUAUCUCGGAAUGUAUUUCUGGUUGAUUUAAUCAGUGAGGAGAAAGGAAAAGUUUUGAAACUAAACUCAAUUAGGGAUGGAGUCAUUUGGAAGGAAAUCGACGUACUUAUUUUCGACACGUGGCAUUGGUGGCUUCAUACGGGAAGAAAACAGCCAUGGGAUUAUAUAGAAGAUGGGAAAAAUACAUACAGAGAUAUGGACCGUUUGGUGGCAUAUGAGAAAGCACUGGAAACAUGGGCUACGUGGGUCAACUUGAAUGUGGACCCUACUAAAGCCGUGGUCUUUCUCCAAGGCGUCUCCCCUGAUCAUCUCAAUUCGAGCGACUGGGGUGAUUGGAGUAAUAAAACCUGCGAGAGUGAGACACAACCAGUGGCCGACACUAAAUAUCUACCAACUACAACACAUCCAGGAGAAGUAAUUCUGGAGAAGGUUUUGAAUACGAUGUCGUUUAAGCCAGUUUAUUUGUUAAAAGUGACAGAGCUGUCACAAUUAAGAAAAGACGGUCACCCUUCUGUGUACGGCUACGGAGGACGCCAAGGCAUGGAUUGUACGCACUGGUGUCUUCCAGGAGUUCCCGACACUUGGAAUCAACUCCUGUACGCAAACGUACUUCAGAAAUCCGGCAUGCAAAUAUGCUUCUCAACUUCAUCGACCGCCAAUAAUAUUAAUUUAAUUACAAUAUUUAAUUUCACGUGUAUUUAUUUUUGCUCUGUAAUUUCUCUAUCAAUUCUUUUUAUAUAUUUUUAAAUUAUAUUUUAGUUAGAUAUAUUAUUCUUGGAAAAACUAAAAUCUGCUGCUAAUACAAAGUAAAUUAUUUUUAUU